GUCGUGACCGGAAGUGGCGCUUCGGCGGGAGCUAGCUUGACAGCGGUUACCUUUCCUUGAUCCCGGCCCCGCAGCCAAUGAGCGGCUGUCGCGAACGCACGAACGGUGGAAAUAUUCACGGAACACGGAGAAACAAAGGAGCGCAGCCGCUAGUUACUGGUGAAACGUCCUUUCACUUCCCCCUCCUCGUUCGGACAGAACCUCUGAAUUGGUCGGUGUUCGGAACCGUCCCGGAGAAGUACUGACUGUCUUCAAGUGUGAAAUCCGAGCGCUCCGUCCGUCCGUUUCCCCUCGAGUCUAACGAAGGCAGAACAAACUUGUAUAAUUUGGCGUCGUGGGAGUUUGCUGUCGUUUCUUUUUUUCGUCCUCCGCCUCUCCUGGAUGUUUCGGUGAACGUCCGUGUGAACUGAAGUUUCUCCUGGCUGAAUACGGUGUGUGUCCCACCACUUCCUUAAACACAGGACAUGAACUUGCAAUCGAGCCCAUGAGUCAUGGGCCAGAAGAUCUCGGGGGGCAUCAAGUCGGUUGAUGUUCGCGGGGAACCCCCAUACCACCCGGUCCGUCAUGAACUACAGGGCCCCGAUUUUUGUCGGCCGCCACGGCUAGACUUAUUGUUGGACAUGCCACCAGCCAGCGCUGAGACCCAACUACGCCACGCCUGGAAUCCCGACGACAGAUCCCUUAAUGUCUUUGUCAAAGAAGACGACAAGCUGACGUUUCAUCGACACCCUGUAGCACAAAGUACAGACUGUAUCAGAGGAAGGGUGGGCUACACCAGGGGUCUCCAUGUAUGGAGGAUUCACUGGCCAGUCAGACAAAGAGGCACCCAUGCUGUGGUGGGGGUGGCCACAGCAGAAGCACCUCUACAUUCGGUAGGCUACACGGCUCUGGUGGGCUCAGACUCGGAGUCCUGGGGUUGGGACCUGGGCCGGAACAGACUUAAUCACGAUGGAAAGAACAGACCUGUUUCUUCAUGUGCCCCCACUUAUCCAAGUUUUCUAGAGCCAGAUGAGUCGUUUGUGCUCCCAGACUGUCUGACCGUGAUAUUGGACAUGGAUGAAGGGACGCUGAGCUUUAUGGUCGAUGGACAGUAUCUCGGAGUGGCUUUCAGGGGGCUGAAAGGCAAAAGACUGUACCCCAUUGUCAGUGCGGUGUGGGGGCACUGCGAAGUGUCGAUUCGCUACGUCAAUGGACUUGAUCCGGAGCCCCUCCCCCUCAUGGAUUUGUGCAGGCGGGUGGCUCGACUGGCUCUGGGGAGAGAGCGCAUCCAUCACAUCGACGCCCUCCCACUGCCGCAGACGCUGAAGAACUACCUCCAGUACCAAUGACCACGCAGUCCCGGAGGGGCGUGGCCUCCCGGCUAAAGGUCGACACGGGCACCUGGCUCCUGCUGGUGUGGACUUUAAACAGGUGUUUACAAGGGAAGGGGGGGUCGUUUACAUCUUGGGAUGAUUCUUGCUGUUUUUAGUUUUUGCUUUGAUGUAUUUUAUGGUUUUUAUUUUCUUGACGCUUUUUUUUGGAGAUUUUCUUCUCGAAAGUGAGGUGUGCGAAUACUAAUCAGGCUUUUUCUUUUCUGAAAACCCUGAACUAUGUGGCUUCUGGGCAGUUUAUGCUCUGCACAGGUUCUGUAGAAUUCCCCCCCCCCCCCCCCCCCCCUCGUAUUUAUAUAUUCCCAGCAUCACAGCAGGCUCUGUGGAAGGCAAAACAAGCCACAGGAGAGGCUCCCAAGACACUGUAGCAGUCGUGGAUCAGAAAUGCAGGGCGUCUGUGUCUGCAGGCACACCAAGCACACUCCUUCUCUGACUACAAACUUACUAAAUGCCUUUGGGACAAUCAGGCACACACACAGUUGGAAAAAAGCCCCUGCACUUAAAAAAACAUCUUUCCUGUCUGUGCGUUUCCAUCGCUCCCUUUAGGUUCUGUCGAACAAGCUUGGAUCCGAUGAACUGGAAUACUGCCGCCCUCAGUCCCCUGUACACUUGCAACUGAUUAGAGACAAAGGAAAACUCCUCCAGAGUUUGGAAAGCUGCUUUUUCUGCCUAGUUUUUAUCUUUGAUUUACAAUUUUUUUUAUCCUGAGAAAGAAAAAUAAACAGAUGCAUAGGUUUAAAGAAUGUUUUGACAUACAAACAUUUUUUUAAAGAAUAAAUUCAU